GCCACAGGAGUGCACCGGGUUCAUGUGUCCGUAAAGGCGCACGAUAUGACCGAACGCUGCUGACCGCGUAGACUACAGUAGGACAGUGUACCUACAGUAACCUGGCAGGUCCUACCAGAAAUGUCUGUGUCUUUAAAAAGAACUCUUUACCGAGUGGUGCAUGAUGUCAGGCUGCUUGCAGUCCGUAUACUGUUCAUGUGAGCGGCGUUCACUUCCUGCAAAGGGACAGAAGCGGGCAGAGAGAGAAAGAGAGAGUGGGAUAGAGAGAUGGGGGACGAGCGGCCAAGAUAGGACUAGAGUGAUAGAGUGAGCCAGCGGACGAGGGGAAACCGGGGCCUGCUUCUUUUUUUUUUACACCCCGCAAACUUUAUAGGUUAUUCGAAGAGAAAGACCUGCCACAUAUGCGCCAGCUGACAGCCGCAGUUGAUGGAAUAGCGACAUAUCGGAUGCCUCUCUCAGUGGCAGAGUCUGCAGGAAAAAUCUGAAGCACCAUCUUCCUUUUCUUCUGCGGCCAACAUGUCCCAGCAGCUCCAUGUGGAGAUCCCGAACUUUGGAGCCACAGUUCUGGGCUCCCUUAAUGAGCAGCGCCUGCUGGGACACUACUGCGAUGUAUCCAUCCUGGUCAAAGGUCAGGCUUUCAAAGCCCACCGGGCCGUUUUGGCUGCCAGCAGCCUCUACUUUCGUGACCUCUUCAGCAGCUCCACCAAGACCCAGUUUGAGUUGCCCUCCUCAGUCACACCGGCUUGCUUUGAGCAGAUACUCACUUUCUGCUAUACAGGGAAGUUAACAAUGGCAGCUAGUGAACAGCUGGUGGUCAUGUACACAGCUGGCUACCUCCAAAUUCAGCAUAUAGUUGAAAGAGGCAUGGACCUAAUGUUCAAGGCGAACUCACCUCACUGUGACUCGCAAACUGCAGGUACCUUAGAGGAAACAGGAUCCGAGCCGCAGAGUCCUUGUAAUAACGGUAACGGCCUUGCGGUGGCUGCCCUUUUGGGAACCCCGGGCUGGUCUCCAUCCCUACUCAUGCCGCACCGUAAGAUUAAACUAGAAGGGGGUGACCCAACACCCUUGACAAUACCCUCGACACAAAGCAAGAUUUCGUCUUCGGAGUUGGGGAGUCGUUUGGCCAGGGCCAGUUCACUGUUCUACACGACGGCUGGUGGGACCCACAUCCCUGGUAUGCCUCCUUACCACCUUCAAGGGGCCGGUGGCGGCGGGGCAGGAAUUGAAAGGUCAAGUCCUGGAGCAUCCAGCCUGCCAACCACUGAUAGUCCUACAUCCUACCAGAACGAGGAUGAGGAGUUUGAAGAAGAGCCCUAUGAUGGGAUCACAGAGGAUGCCUACAGUCAUCUCUAUGGACGUUCGGCUAACCCAUACGGGAUCCAGGACAAGCCAGAGAUGGCAGCAGUGCCCUUGGCCUUGGAGAACCGCAACUGUGUGCUGAUCCGCCGGGACCUGGUGGCGCUGCCUGCAAGCCUCAUCAGCCAGAUAGGCUACCGCUGCCACCCUAAGCUCUACUCUGAGGGAGACCCUGGGGAGAAGCUGGAAUUGGUAGCUGGUACACAGGUGUUCAUGACUCGAGGCCAGCUGAUGAAUUGUCAUCUAUGCGCUGGUAUCAAACACAAAGUCUUGCUCCGCCGUCUGCUAGCCACGUUCUUUGAUAGAAACACUUUAGCCAAUAGCUGUGGGACAGGUAUCCGUUCUUCUACUAGUGACCCCAGUAGGAAACCCCUGGACAGCAGGGUCCUCAACGCUGUCAAACUCUACUGUCAAAAUUUCAACCCUAACUUCAAGGAGAGUGAAAUGAAUGUGAUUGCUGCUGACAUGUGCACAAAUGCGAGGCGUGUCCGCAAGCGAUGGCUGCCCAAGAUCAAGUCCAUGCUGCCUGAUGGCAUGGAGGUGUACCGUGCAGGAAUGGGCAUGGGCGCUGCUGUGGGUCUGGGCCUGGCGCUGGGUGCCCCUCAACCAGGGGCAACCCUCCCCUUCGAGCCUGACUUCAAGACCCUAGAGCAAAGGUUGUAUCCAGAUCGCAAGGACCCUCUUAGGACUCACCCAGCCCUGACAGAGGGCAGCCCUGGGUCUGGGGCAGCUGGAGCAGAGGCUGAAGGUGAAGGUGAAGGAGUGGUCCAGGAGGAACAGGAGGAAGAUGAGGAUGAAGCUGGGUUAGAGGGUGUAGACGGAUCACUGAGUGCCCCAUCUUUGAUCCCAGGAGCUGAGGCAGGCAAUUGUGGUGACACGCCGUCUGAGCAGGAAGUGGAAAGUUUUGGACAAGGUCUGAGGGUGAACGGACAGUGAAUGUCCCUUGGGCUGCCUCUCACAUUGUGAAAUCUGUUUAACGCCGCAUUUUUCUUUCGCUUGCUCCCUUACUCUAACAUGUCGUCCACCACUCUUUCUUCUCCUCUGUGCUUCCUCAAAAGGAAUUAUCCGGCACAAAAAGCUGAGCUCGUAGGUCCUACUAUACAGGAAUUUGUCACACAUGCAUGCGCACAUGUGUACACGCAUACUUACUGAUAGUGGAAGUAGAACACUGAUAGUAGAGGUAGACACAGGCAUGGCAUUUGCACAUUGAGAAAAUCAGCCCUUUCUGCUCCACCCUUUUUCUUCGUGUAUUCUGUAUUUACUCAGUAUUUCGGCACCUGCAGCAAUAUUACACAGGCCUGAUAGCAGAACAAAUGGCUGUAAUGAUUCAUCAUUUCCGUGCAAUACAAAAGCAACAGCUGCUUUGCUGGCAGUUUAUGGAGUGUGGUAUAAUGGUUUGUAAAAUGAUUCCGUUUUCUUGGGAAGCUGCAUCUGAAAAUAACCCAUGUAACCUUGGGGGGAAAAAAACAGAUCAGAGAACAGCUCUCUUAAAAAGCAUCUUAUUUUGCAGUGUUUGGCCACUUUAUAUCAUAUUGUUGUAUGGUAAAUAUAUAUGAACAUAUAACAAAGAUUGUAUUAUAAUUAAAAGUCAAGUCAAGUCAAGUACUGUAUUGCCACCAUUAAACAGAAGUAUUUUUCUUUUUUUUUGAAACGGCACGUAAUUUUUUUAUGAUAAAGAUAAGAAAACUUUUUGUUUUGUUUAGUUUUUUUGCAAAAGCUCAAGACACAAUCUAACAAUAAAUCUAUCGCAGGGAGUUGUUUUUUUUCAUGCACAUUUGCCUGUGACAUUUUGGAUUAGAUUGUCAAUGUGAUGCCUGUGUCUGCUCCAGACUGCCCCUCCCAACCACACGCAUACAGACGCAGACACACACACGUGCGCACAUUUUUCACCUUAUAAUACUAGACUUUAACAUCUGCACCAGUGCAUUAAAAAUACAGUGUCCAAAAAAAUGUAACAAUGCUUUUUAACUUUGAAAAGGUCCUUUUAAAUUAAAUAAUUCUGUCUUGGAGAUACAGAGAGAAACGUGAACAAGAACAUGCACUAAAAUCCAAGCUUGCAUGCAUGAACACAAACAAUGGAUACAGAGAAUUAUUGAAAACAACAACAAAGCCACAAACCUGCAUCUAAAUAAGAAAACAGCUACUGUUGCCUCGAGAUAUGCCAUUAAUGCGCAAAAUGACUUUUUAUCUUUUUCUGACUGGGAUCUGACCUCAGUCUGACACACGUUAGAACUGACCUGGUUGCGACCCAGGAUUUACUGUGUAUCAGUUGGACUGUCUUUUUUUUAACUAUGGAGCGUGCUGUCACCACAGGUAGAGGAGACUGAAUGUACGGAGUAGUAAGAGGAAGUGCACUACACACUGAGUGGUAGAAGGAAAAAUGCCAGAGAGAAGCACUGUUUCACCUUGAUGUGGUGGCGUGAUCGGCACCUAGACUACAUAGUCCUGCUUCCAUCCUCUUUUGUUUUUACUUCCUUGGGGGGAUUGGGGGGUAAAUUAUUGAAUAAAACUUAUAAGAGCAAUUUCUGCUGGCUUAUUGCAUUUCCACUCAAAAGAAAGCAGGGGGAAACUAAGGAGUUUGGCAAAAAUGUGACUGAAAACUAAAGAGAAAAACUGGUCUUUCUGACAAUAACUGUAUAUUUUGGAAGGAGGUUGAGUGAGGCAAUGUCGGAACUUUAACCUAUAUUUGUCAUAGUUUUUUUUAUUAUUAUAUGUAUCUGUUUUCAUGCUUUCUGCCAUGCAUAGGGACGCAGUCCAGCUUUUAUUUUUAUUUUUUUGUGUAUUGAUUUUAAGCAGUUCACUGCUGUAUGUUUUCUUCUGUUUUCUGGGUUUUCCUGAUCCCUGUCAAAGCACAUCUAAUCACAAUAUCAGACCUUCAACUUCAGUUGAUAAAUGAACCCCAAAGUUAUUUUAAGCCGCCAACAUUUUUGAAAGCAUAGCUACUUUUUAGGUGGCUGAAAAAUCAAAUUAAUCAGAUUGUUUUUUCACUGCAGAAAAUGAUGGCAUAAGCUAACAAAUGAGCAAAAAAGAAAUCCUGAACAUGCCCCUGGUAUAUUUGAUCUUUUUAUGCUUCAGCGCUAUGCCCCUUGGUUAGGUUAGGCCAGAUUAUUCUCCGUCUGUGUUCUACGUAUCUUGUUACGGAUUCUUUAGGGGAAGCUUUAAGAUGGCCCUGCACAAGAAACACAGGCUUAUAAUUGCACUAGGUCAUAAUAAUGACAAUUAGAGUAUCUUUUUUUUCUUUUGGAAGAAAUAUGAUCUGCCAUUGAUAAAAGAAAGUUGUGAUAGAAUGGCUGAGAUGAUGAAUGAAUGUAAACUGUAGCACUGCUUUGGCGAGGGCUCCAAGCCUUGAUUGAAUACGAUUAAAGACUCCAUCUCUUUUUUAUGAGUCACUUUUUCCUCAAUUGUAUACUCUUAAAAAUGGGCCAUAAUAUAUAUAAAUUUGACUGUGAGGUUUGAAACCUAAAGCUUUAGUGAUAUUGUGAUUUUUAAACUUAUGUAAACAGGUCUUCCAAUGUGGGAGUGGUUCCCUAAUAUACCGAAAACUGAGCGAGGUUUGAGUACAGACUUUUAUAACUAGGGGUGGGAAUCACCAGAGGCCCCACGAUACGAUAUUAUCACAAUACUUAUGUCACGAUACGAUAUUACUACGAUUUUAAACAUGUUGCGAUGUAUUGGAAUUUAUUACUUUUUUCCAACUUAAAUUGUGGAAAACUCUUUUUCUAGCGGACUGAAAAAGCAAUUGAUUAUAUUAUUAUAGUACCAAAAAAGUAAAAUUCUAAUGUACAUUUUAUAUAAUAAAAGAUCGAUACUUGGCGUCCAUGUAUCGAUACAGUAUUGCCACGCAAAAUAUCGCGAUACUAUGCUGUAUCAAUUUUUACCCCCACCCCUAUUUAUAACUCUAUUUUUAUCCCAACAAGCUCCUCAUUUUUUAAGUCUUUGGACAAUUAUGUAUGUAUUUAGUGUUGAAAUGACUCAGUAUAGAUAUAUUUAUCAGUAUAGAUAUAAGAAUUUCUUUAUCUAAAUUUAAUUUAUUAAGCUUCAGUUCCUAAAGUUGCCUCCUGUAAAAAGUAAAUAAAGAUAUUCAGUUGUUUAUUGGAGCCACUACUGCAUUUACUGGACUUUUGAGAGGAUCACCUGUACUUCUGCCAACCAAGGUAACAGUCUUCCCAAAAUGCAUACAUACUGUAUGUAAUUUUGUAAUAAAACCUAAUUCAGUUGUUACUUUAGAUCACAAAAUAGCUUGCAACCUAAUUAACCUGCCGCCCAAAAAAUUGAAACAGUAUUACAUAUAAGUUCAUUCAGUUUUUUUCUCUAUUUUCAUGUACAAUAAAUCUAUGCUUUUGGUUUUGCCAAGGUCUAUUUUCGAACAUGCAGAAUUUUGCAUGGCCGCUACUUUAACUUAGAGGAAUUUGACUCCAAUUUAAAAAAAAGUGGUAAUUAAUAUAGGGAAAAUAGGGUGGGAAACGUUGAUAUACUCCACUGUAGUGAUAAAGGGGUGUGGAGCAGUGCCUUAGACUGUGAUUGUGUGGGUGCUGUGAUGUGAACCUUUUAUUGUCAGAGACAAACAAGAAACAAAGUACCUGUAAGGGUAGAAUGCAGACAGCGACUGAUUUGUUAUCCCUUUACUGAAGUUAUAAUUCUACUAAAAUUGGCCUCCAAGCACCUUUGUUCGGUAUGAUAUGUGUAGUGUUUUAUUCACUUAUUUUCUUACUUUAUGUUUGCCAUCAUCUCAUUAUUUAAGGACAAAGUGUGCACCAGCCCAAUUAAGUUGAACUCAUUAAAUAUUAAUAAAUUAAUUAAUACUUGGAUGCACUCAAAAGCUAGUCAGCAACAACCUGGUUCGCCUGGAUUGACGUCCUCCUUUAUUUAUACUAUUGACAGACCAAGUAUGUAAAAAAAACAAACAAAAAAAAAACAUGUAAUAUCUAUUGUAGUCAAACCUGUUCAUUCCCUUGUUCACUUUUAAAUAUGAGAUUUUUGAACAGUCUUCCUCACAAAACAAUAACACAUGCAUAAACAUCUGACAUUAAUUUCCCUGGAUGCAUUGACAUUUCAGUUUGUUAAUUUUUCUUGCUGCUCUUCUGCUUAGAGUCUAUUUUUAUUUAAUUUUUUCUUGUGCAGGAUGAAUGAUGUUGCACUAUUUACUGAGAAAUCCUCAGAGAAUGUCAUGGAUAACCCUUGGGAGGAUGAGCUCUAUUUGAGGUGGCUGAAAGGAAAAAGUCCUGCAAAAUGUAUGUAAUGUUGUGUAUUUUACAUAUAUCUUUGAUUUAAACCAGUGUGUCGUUCACAGCAAACUCUGUAGUUAAGUUCUUAUUUUAUUUUUAUUUUUUUUAGAGAGAGAGAUUUGUUGUUUGCAAUAUCUGCCGUUCACCUGGAUGAUCACUGAAAAUGACAAAAAUAAGAGAUAGGAUGGGAUUGUUGGCUGAAAAUAACCUAUUUUCACAACAUUUCUUUGCAAAUAAAUUGUUACUUACUUUCUAAAACCUUACAUAGUGCUCUGUUCAUCUCCCAUUACUGUCAAACUAAUGGGCACAGUAGUUUUUUUGUUCCAUUGAGUGGUUUAUCCCAAAAACAAUACAUUUAUAUGCAAAGAGACACUUGUAUCAUAAAAUGCAUGCCAUUCAGACAUUCACCCUAACCCAAUGAAACCUCUGAUCUUUAUGCACCAUGUAUUUUAUGCUGAAUAACUGUUGUCAAAGACUGUGGAGUCUUGCAAUGAUGAGGGUUGUAUUUUUAUCACACACCCUGGCCUUUUAUUGAAUGUUUGUGUAAAGUUGAAUCUAUUAUUAAUUAUUAUUGGCAGAAAAAUAGUGAUAAAGAGUGGAAUACAUAGACUAACUACCCAGUUGAGUGUGCGUUUGAACCUUCAGCAGACUCAGAAAAAAAUGCACUAAAAGUUUGUAUGUGUAUGUAUGUGUCCUUGAACAUAAUGCCAGCACUUUAGACAAAUGAAAGAAAGGAAAAAAAGUCAAAGAGUGGCCGAGGGUUUGGCGAAGGGGGAGUAAACGCAACUUUUAAAGCCAUGUGUUCAGAGCGCUGACAAUCAGAAUAGGGAUGAGACCCAAAGUGCAUUAUGGGAGAUCUGACAUGACUUGCUGUGCUCUUGCUGUUUGCUUUGUCUUUCUCCAGCUUGCUUUGGUCUGUGCUAGCUUACUUUCCAGAGUGGAGGAACAUGGUGAUAUAUCCAGCCUUCUUGGUUAUAGGCAUGUGUCUCUGCAACAAGGACUGACUGAUAUUUGACUGAAAACCUUGGUGCUUCGUGAACAGAGUUGUCCCAUGUUGACAUGGACCAUAUCUGUAAUGCUCUGGUAAGCAUGGGCCGAACUUGGUCCUAAGUCUGGGCUUAUUGGUAACAAUGGACAACAGUCCAUAUGUCAAAAGAGGAUCGUAUCAUGCAACCCUACACUUUUAUCAUGGUACCAUUCUUUACUAUCAAUAGGGCUUGGACCAGGCAAACUGGGAUGGGACAAUUUCGGUGUUAAUACUGCUUUAUGUUUCAAAUGAAAAAUGUUAAAAUGUUUAUGCGCCUUCUGACUCGAGCAUCAAUAAUAUAUACAACGGAAAUGCAAGUUGCCACUUUUGAUGUUGCAUAAGAAUCUACCUUUCAUUCCCAUCAUGGUGUUCAUCAUCAUGCCAUCACCAGUUUCAGUUGUGUAGUCCAAGAGUAACUGAUUUCUUUAAAUGCAAUACAGAAAAAAUCUGCUUUCUAAUAAAAUUCCUUACUUCACCAUA